UUUGAGAGCGCAUCCUCUGGUGCGCCUAUAGCAGUCAUUGUUAAGCUGACAGAUCAUCAGAAAUAUUCAACAUCUAAAAACUGUCAGAGCCAAUCUAAGCAGAAACGAAAACAAAAAUAAUAUUUCUAAGAAUAAGAAAUUAUAAAUAAAAAUUUUAAAAAACACAGAAAGUUGGCUAUACCUUUAAGGAAAGGGAAGUGAAAGUGAAACCUCGGCUAUGUGAACAUGAAAGUAUUAUGUUGAUCUUUUCUCAUCACAGACACACACUGUUAUUGGAGUAAAACCUUUGGACUAAGCGGAACAUUUAAAGCGAGUUUAGUGAAAGGAGAUGUACGUAUGAGAGGAUAUCGGUGCGCCUAUGUGGGUGUUUCGGGUUACAGGCGACCCAAGUGAGAUGGAGGGGCCUGUCUGUCUGAUUGAGAACACCAGCGCAGGUGAACUGCAGGUGAACCAGGAAGCCCUGGACAUUCUGAGUUCAAUCCGGCAGCCUGUGGUGGUGGUGUCCAUCGUAGGCUUGUACCGCACGGGCAAGUCUUACCUGAUGAACAGGCUGGCUGGGAAGCAGACAGGGUUCUCCUUGGGUUCUACUGUCCAGUCUGAGACAAAGGGCAUCUGGAUGUGGUGUGUACCCCACCCCUGCAGAGAUGACCAAACUCUGGUCCUGCUGGACACUGAGGGUCUAGGCGAUGUGAGAAAGGACGAUCAGAAGAAUGACACCUGGAUCUUUGCCCUGGCCAUUCUUCUGAGCAGCACCUUGGUGUACAACAGCAUGAGGACCAUCGAUCAUCAGGCGCUGAGGAGCCUGUACUACGUGACGGAGCUUACGAACCACAUCAAGGUGAAGUCCAGCACGGAGGGUGAGGGAGAGGGUGAGGCCUCCUCAGACUACGCCCAGUUCCUCCCCUCUUUCGUCUGGACCGUGAGGGACUUCACUCUGGACCUCCAGUUUGAUGGCAGGACCAUCACCGCAGAUGAGUACCUGGAGAAAUCUCUGAUGAUCCAAUCAGGGAACUCGCCACAAAUGGCUCUUUGCAAUGACGUAAGCGACUGCAUCAAAAAUUUCUUCCCGACCCGGAAGUGCUUUGUGCUGGACCGACCGGUGCCCCAGAGCAAGCUGAAAAUCAUUGAUCAACUUUGCGACUCUGAUCUGGACCCUGGCUUUGUCCAACAAGUAACAGACUUUUGUAGCUACAUUUACAACCAUUCAAAGGAGAAAACAAUCUCUGGUGGAGCCAUAGUUACUGGAAGUGUGCUGGGGGACCUGGCGGUGAUGUACGUGGACACCAUUCGGAGCGGGCACAUUCCGUGUUUGGAGAACGCCGUGGCGGUGCUGUCUCAGAUGAAGAACUCUGCGGCGGUGGAGGCGUCUUGCGCCCUCUACAGGCGACUGCUGGGAGAGCGAGUGGUCCUGAAUCCGAAGACGGGUGCCAAAGGAGAGGAGGAGCUUACCGCCGUUCAUGACGUCUGCCUGAAGGAGGCGCUGGAGCUCUUUCAGGCCAAUUCCUUCAGGGACGAAGACGGGCACUAUCAAAAGGAUCUCAUCGAACGGAUAACGGAGGUGUAUCAUGGGAAAUGUAGUGAGAACGCAGAGCUCUCCCGCUGCGUCUCCCUGCUGGAGCGGCUGUCGGGUAAAUUGAAUCACGCUUCCUACCUGAGGCCUGGUGGAUACGCAGACUACAGGGUCCAGCUGGACUCCGUCGUUCAAAUCUACAGAGCGACGCCUGGAAAAGGUGCACAGGCUGACCAAGUCCUGGAGGCCUUCUUGAAGGACAGAGAGGAGAACAUAAGAGACGUUCGGAUGACCGACAAAGUUCUGACACAGCGAGAGAACCUUCUGAGGGAGGACAGACUCUGCGCCGAGAGGAAGAGGUAUCAAGCGGAAGCAGAGGCGGCUCAGAGGGCCACGAGGAACAUUGAGCGGAGGCUGGAAGAGCUGAGAGCACUAGGUGUUCAGACAGAUCAUUAGGAGAGGGGAGGGGGCACCAGAAUCAACACCCAAGAGUUACACUCAGCACCAAGAUUCAACACCCAAGAGUUACACUUAGCGCCAAGAAUCAACACCCAAGAGUUACACUCAGCACUAAGAAUCAACACCCAAGAGUUACACUCAGCACUAAGAAUCAACACCCAAGAGUUACACUCAGCUCUGAGAAUCAACACCCAAGAGUUACACUCAGCACUGAGAAUCAACACCCAAGAAUUACACUCAGCACUAAGAAUCAAGCCCCAAGAGUUACACUCAGCACUGAGAAUCAACACCCAAGAGUUACACUCAGCACUGAGAAUCAACACCCAAGAGUUACACUCAAUCAACACAGUUACACUCAUUGUUAAGAGGUGUAAUGGACACAGAGGGAGAAGCUUUCUCGGGUGUUUGUAUGUGUGAAACUGUGUCUUUCUUACCAUUGCCUUCAUGAAGGCUGAUAGUCAGAACACAAAGGCUUUUGAAAAUUUUGAAUUAAAUGAAUAAAGAUGAUUUUACUUUUAUUCCUCUUGACGACUGCCUGAAAUUUCAUUUCAGGUCACAGAGUAGUGGCAUAAUAUUAUUUAUUCUAUUUUUGUUUUCAUACCCUAAAGAUUGUAUCAUAUCUUACACACAAAGAAACACCUGGUACCAACUGGAAAAGGUCAUUUCAUUCACCCGUUUGUUCUUGUCUGAAAUAUUUCACAAGCUGAAGUUCAAACAUGUGACUUUCAGUAAACACUCUGACAGUCUAUACAGGAAACAGGACUGUGAAUUUGGACAUUCACUAACAAGUGAAUUGUGAAACGGAAUUUGGACUUCUUCAUUUUUAAAUGCCGUUUUAAGAUCCCUCUGAGAAAAUUAUAAGGCAGCAUAAACACCUAUGCUUGGAAUGUGUUUUAUUGCCUUUUGAAAACAUUAAAAUGGUCUGUUCUGGGAUUUGUUUUUUUGUCAUUGCUGUACCAAUAAAGUUCUGCCUGACGGCUUUGGAAACUGCA